UGAGAGAGGGGGUGGAAGGAGGCUUGGUAGCUGGUUAGAUGGUAGUUUAGAGGAGCUGCAACUGGGAAACUGCACUAGUUUUGCAACAGGACUCUACAUUCCCAGCCUAGUGAAGUCUGAAGCGGCUCAGAUUUUUCACCAUGAGAAGCUUGUUUCUGUGUCUUGUUCUGCUACAGCUCAUUUGGACUUGUGCAGGUCAGUUUCCUCGCCCAUGUGCCAACUCAGAAGGACUAAGAACCAAGGAGUGCUGUCCAGUGUGGGAUGGAGAUGGCUCACCCUGCGGGGCGCUGUCAGGCCGUGGAUUCUGCACAGAAGUGCUGGUGUCCGAUGAGCCCAACGGGCCACAGUACCCACACAGUGGGAUUGACGACAGAGAGCGCUGGCCUUUAGCUUUCUUCAACCGGACAUGUCGAUGUGCUGGAAACUAUGGAGGGUUUGACUGUGGUGAAUGCAGGUUUGGGUACUGGGGUCCAGGCUGUGCUCAGUACAGAGAAUCAGUGCGCAGGAACAUCAUGACCAUGUCAACAGCUGAGCAGCAGAAGUUCAUAUCUUAUCUCAACCUGGCCAAAAAUACCAUCAGCCGUGACUACGUCGUCAGCACGGUAACCAGAGCAGAGAUGGGGGAAAACGGUGAGAACCCCAUGUUCUCUGAAAUCAACACUUACGACCUGUUUGUCUGGAUACACUACUACGUGUCCAGAGACACCUUGUUAGGGGGCCCCGGGAACGUAUGGAGAGACAUCGACUUUGCCCAUGAAUCUGCAGCGUUUCUGCCCUGGCACAGAGUCUUCCUGCUUCACUGGGAGAACGAGUUAAGGAAGCUUACAGGAGACUUUAACUUCACCAUCCCGUACUGGGACUGGAGGAAUGCCCAGUCUUGUGAGGUGUGCACCGAUGCUCUGAUGGGUGGACGCAGCUCCCUCAGGCCCGACCUCAUCAGCCCUGCUUCUGUCUUCUCCUCGUGGAAGGUGAUCUGCACCCAGCCGGAGGAGUACAAUAACCGUGAGGUAUUGUGCAACGCCACCGGAGAGGGUCCACUGUUGCGUAACCCUGGUAACCAUGAUCCAAACCGCGUGCCACGGAUCCCAACAGCAGCUGAUGUGGAUUUCACUAUUGGUCUCCGUGAGUACGAGACGGAAACCAUGGAUCGAUUUUCCAACUUGAGCUUUAGAAACGUCAUAGAAGGUUUUGCCAGUCCAGAAACGGGCAUGGCGAUGACAGGCCAGAGCACCAUGCACAAUGGCUUGCACGUCUUCAUGAACGGCACUAUGUCCGAGGUCCAAAGUUCUGCUAAUGACCCCAUAUUCCUGCUGCACCACGCUUUCAUUGACAGCAUCUUCGAGCGCUGGCUGAGGACGCAUCAGCCGCUCAGGAGCGGCUACCCAAGUUCAAAUGCACCUAUUGGCCACAAUGAUGGCUACUAUAUGGUUCCCUUCCUGCCACUCUAUAGAAACGGAGACUACUUCCUGUCUAACAAGGCUCUAGGAUAUGAGUACGCCUAUUUGUUGGACCCCGGUCAGAGGUUUUUGCAGGAGUUCCUGACGCCCUACCUCCAGCAGGCACAAGAGAUCUGGCAGUGGCUACUUGGGGCCGGUAUCUUUGGAGCUGUGAUUGCUACACUUUUAGCUGUGCUGGCGGUUUUUGCCAGAAGGAGGUGGAGGCGUAACCAAAAGAAGAAGAGGGCAUCAAGCUACGGAGAGAGACAGCCACUACUGCAGAGCAGCUCAGAAGAAGGUUCAUCAUCAUACCAAACCACACUUUAACACUCACAGAACUUCUCCGUGAUGUUGUAUGUAAAAAUAACUUGAUAUGUCUUCCAAUGAAUGACAUUAAUCUGGAAACAAUUCCACCUCUGAUAUUCGAUUCCUGUAAGAAUAAUGAUACAGGUCUCAAUAUAACAGAUGUGGGUACAGUUGAGCCAGAGAAGCGGUACAAGAUACACAUUUUUCAGCUCAGCAUGUCUAACAGAUAGUUGUGUGUGCUGUCUUUCAGAUAUCUGCUACUUAAACAGUUCAAACUAAUGCAUUUGAAUAUUUGGCAGUGUUUGUGGGCUUUUACAACCCUUUUCAGAGGACAUAUCAUGAAGAAAAGAAAGAAUAAACCCUUUUCUGAGAUUCACAGCAUAUAUUUGUAUAUUUGUCUUAAACCCCAAUGCUGACUGUGUGCCCAAAGAUGUUACACUCAUUUCAGAAGAGAGACUCAUUCCACCCCUCAAAACCAAAUGUUGUGAACAGAAGUGUUGAAGAGCAUUUUUUACUGUUUGUCUGUGGUAUUUUGACCAAAGUAUGUUGCAGACAUUUCACCAAUAUCUCAGAAAGCUGUCUCUAUAUUAGAUGAAAAGGGUAUAAUAUAUAUAUAUAUAUAUAUAUAUAUAUAUAUAUAUAUAUAUAUAUAUAUUAAAAUAAAGUACAUUUUAAACGAAGCUCUGGGAGCAUGGACCCAGCAUCGGGAUGAUAUCCCUGAUAUACUGUAAGCACAGUGCAUUAUAAGUAUUUCUGAGACACAUAGGUAUGCACUCACAGUCUAACAAACAGUCUGAACUAAUUUUGAGUGUAUAAUUAUCCUGCAACACAUUCUGUUUCAAUGAAAUACAAAGACUGCACUUAAUCAUUUUUUUGUGAAUACAUCAACAGUUGACUUAAGCAUCAGACUGAAUAUAGGAUUCAAUUACUAUUUACACUAUUUAUUUACUCAGAAAUCACUGAGAGGAACUCCAUUUAGAUCCGCAAAACUGUGAUCUCAUUUCCUCCUUGGCUUUAUUCACUGACCAUUCACCAGAGAACCAAUAUAUGUAAUUUAUUAUCAAGAUUUAUCAUACUGUAAGAGUAUGUCAGCUUACACGGCAGUAAUUCAGUUUACUGAUUAAAAUCCACUGUAGUGGUGCUGUGAACAUUCUUCAUGACUUCAUAUGAGGUGAAAGGUCGGGUUUGGCUUUGAUUACUCAGAAUGUUGAAGGCACUUUAUUUUUAACACCAGAAGCAAAGUUUAGAAAAAGGCUAGGCCUACAGGAAGUGAGGUCCAAAAUGGUUCCUCUGAUGUAAUUGUAAUGACACGAUUCUUCUCAAUUAGCGUCAUGAUAUAACCGUGAUAUUGAAAUUUUCCAGCAACGCCAACACUGAGUCUCAAACACACACUUCGUGUGUUAGUAAUGGUGCUAAAUGACCACAGUGUCACAUCAUGUCUGUGAGUAAAUUAUUGAAAGAAAGUGUACAUACGAUAACAAUGACGAAUCAUUACAUUGUGUUGCAUUUAACUCAAACUUGAUGGACUUUUCUGAUUUUUUUCAAAUUAAUGCUAGAUUGUUAAAUAAACUGUUUCCCCCUAAAACAAUUGUGUCUUUGAAACUAAAGAAUAGCAGCAUUUUACGUACAUGGAAGUGUUUGUCUUGCUCACAACAGUAAUGCCUGCCUUAAAAGAUGUUGAAUUUAUGGCAACAGGCAAUUCACUUGUUUUAGAGCAGGACUUUCUUUUCACUGUUUCACAAUUUAACAGACUGGAGUUUAGUCUGCACUAGGUCCCAUUUAAGCCAUUAAGCUUUGUUAUUUGACAAAAUAAUGCUCACAACCUAAGAUUAUGAGUUCAAAUAACACAUUUAAUCAGGAUAUAAUAAAUAAAAAAUCUUUUAUUCCAUACUUUACUUCAAAAAAGAUCAUUCUGAAGGUAAACAUACAAUUUCACAUUUACACGCAUUUUUUUGAAUACUCUAAAGUAUAGUUACAAUAGGAUAUAAUCAGGCUGUUGCAUUUGGAAAAGCAUAAAUGUUGGGAUUCUUUUCAAAGACCUGGUGCCAAGAAAACAAAAUCACAUGCUAUAACUUGGACUUUUAUCACUGUUUUUCAUGAGUUAAUCUGUGAAUACAUGUUCAAAUAUGGACACUUACUUGGUGAAUGAAUUGCGAAGCUUCAGAGGUUUGACUUUUACUUUCUAAGAUGUAUAAUAAUCAUCAAUGAAAUGGGGGUAAAGGCCAACAAAUGCUGCUUUUCUUUGUAUGUUGCAGAACUUUGGUACACAGAUAAGCAAUAAAGACAGAAAGACAGCAUUUUUUGACCUGUCU